CUAACAUCGUGUACAUGUGCGGUUAAAACGAAAGUCAAAACCGAAAGUAAAUUUUGGCACAUUAUUGUGACAGUGUUAAGAAUCAAUCGGUGUUUACAAAAAGUGCUUUUCUGCGCAGUUCGAAAGAUCAGAUCGCAAUUUGUAAAAGCAGUUACUGCGUCACAGUACCCCCAGACAUGGCAGAACAAGGGUCCAGUAAUGGAGCGGAAGGUGGCAAAGUGUCAUCAAACACCGACCUUCUCAAGCAAUAUGAGAAACAGGGUGUGGAGGCGAUGUACGCGGUAGAGCCGUUGUCAUGGUGUGAUCACCUGCAGCAGGUGGCACCAUUACCGGAAGCUGGCCUCAAUGUGGAAGACCCAUGCACAGAUUGUGAAGCGAAGGGUGAAAACUGGGUUUGCCUUGUGUGCUACAAGGUGUACUGUAGCCGGUACGUUGCGAGCCACAUGGUGACUCACGGGGAGGCAGCCGGACAUCCGGUUGUGCUCAGCUACGCCGACCUGUCCGUGUGGUGCUAUAAGUGUGACAAUUAUGUGGCCAAUGAGGUUCUAAAGCCUAUCAUAGCUUCUGCCCACAAGAGCAAGUUUGGCAAGGAGCUGUAAUAAUGACCCGGUGUUAAAUCUUGUUAGCUGGUCCACAACAAUUUUUAGAAGUGUUCAAUCGUUGAAAAGAACAGCAACUCUGUGGCAUUUGCAUGGAUUAAAGUUAAAGACAGAAUACGGUAGUCAAUGUGGCUGUGGCUUAAUAUUUUGUAAAUGUAAUUAUUUUUCUGGACCAGUUGUUAAUUUGUUUUGUAUGUAUACACACACAGGCGCGUGUACACACACACACAGUGCGGACAUGCACCCACCCACACGCACGCACACACCCACACACACGCAUGCGUGCGCACAUACACACAUACACACACACACACACACACACGCAAACACACACACAAACUAUUUCAGAUUGUUGAGGCUUAGUAUAAGCAUCCAGCUUUAUGUGAUAUUUGUUUAUUAAUUAUAUACACAUGGAUUAUUUAUGAUAAAGCUUGACUGUCUGUGCUUACACCAUGAAUACUACUGUUUCAUUGUUGUAAUUGCUGCUCUGUUCUCGCUAACGAUAUCUAGGAAACUUAACCGUGUCACCUUUGAACAUAUAAAUUAUCAUAUUGCAUAUCUGAGAAACUAUACUGUGUCAUCUGAGAAACUAUACUGUGACAUCUGAGAAACUAUACUGUGACAUAUUGGACACCGUACCUGGCAUACCAUGACAUCUGAGAAACUGUAUACUGUGACAUCUAAGAAACUGUAACAUGACAUCUAAGAAACUAAACCAUAACAUCUGAGAAACUAUACUGUGACAUCUAAGAAACUGUAACAUGACAUCUAAGAAACUAAACCAUGACAUCUGAGAAACUAUACUGUGACAUCUAAGAAACUGUACCAUGACAUCUAAGAAUCUAUACUAUGACAUCUGAGAAACUAUACUGUGACAUCUAAGAAACUGUACCAUGACAUCUGAGAAACUGUACCAUGACAUCUGAGAAACUAUACCAUGACAUCUGAGAAACUACUGUGACAUCUAAGAAACUGUACCAUGACAUCUGAGAAACUCUAACGUGACCUCUGAGAAACUGUAACGUGACAUCUGAGAAACUGUAACAUGGCAUCUGAGAAACUGUACUGUGACAUCUGAGAAACUGUAACAUGACAUCUGAGAAACUGUACUGUGACAUUUGAGAAACUGUAACAAGACAUCUGAGAAACUGUAACAUGACAUCUGAGAAACUGUAACAUGACAUCUGAGAAACUGUAACAUGACAUCUGUGAAACUGUUACAUGACAUCUGAGAAACUGUAACAUGAUAUCUGAGAAACUGUAACAUGACAUCUGUGAAACUGUUACAUGACAUCUGAGAAACUAUAACGUGACGUCUGAGAAACUGUAACCUGACAUCUGAGAAACUGUACUGUGACAUUUGAGAAACUGUAACAAGACAUCUGAGAAACUGUAACAUGACAUCUGAGAAGCUUUACCAUGAUAUCUGAGAAACUGUAACAUGCCAUCUGAGAAACUGUAACAUGACAUCUGAGAAACUGUAACAUGACAUCUGUGAAACUGUUACAUGACAUCUGAGAAACUAUAACGUGACGUCUGAGAAACUGUAACCUGACAUCUGAGGAACUGUAACAUGACAUCUGAGAAACUAUACCAUGACAUCUGAGGAACUGUAACAUGACAUCUGAGAAACUAUACCGUGAUAUCUGAGAAACUGUACCGUGACAUCUGAGAAACUGUACUGUGACAUCUGAGAAACUGUACUGUGACAUCAGAGAAACUGUACUGUGACAUCUGAGAAACUGUACUGUGACAUCUGAGAAACUGUACUGUGACAUCUGAGAAACUAUACUGUGACAUCUAAGAAACUAAACCAUGACAUCUGAGAAUCUAUACCAUGACAUCUAAGUAACUAAACCAUGACAUCUGAGAAACUAUACUGUGACAUCAGAGAAACUAUACCGUGACAUCUGAGAAACUGUACCAUGACAUCUGAUAAACUUAACCGUGACAUCUGAUAAACUAAACCGUGACAUCUGAGAAACUAUACUGUGACAUAUUGGAUACAAUACCUUGUAUACCGUGACAUUUGGAAAUUAUUCUUUUACAUAAUGGUCACAAUACCCUGACAUUUGGAUAACUAUACCGUGAAAUAUUGUUACCAUACCUGCAUACUGUGACAUAUGGAAAAUUAAACGUUAACAUAGUGGACACCAAACUGUGACAUCUAGGAAACUAUGCUGUUGCAUCAAGAAACUUUGUCAAACUGCUCACAUUGUCGACAAUCACAAAAUCAAUCAUAGGUGAGUUAUUGUUGUAGCGUUUGUGUUGUGGUGUAGAAAUGAAAGGAAAACAACAACACACAACUACUUCCCAUAAAUGUCCAUAACUUACCACAGUUGAUUGUAGUUUUUUCACAACAGGGAAAAAAAAAUAUUACAACAGUAAAAAAUGUCAUUAUACUUUUUACUGUUUGAAACAAUGACCUAUCUUUUUUAUUUCACUGAUUAAUCUCUCUUAACCAUCAGAAAGCAUGUGAUAAAUUACGACCUUACACUGAAACAAACAAUUACCUUCUAUACUCUGGCCAGAAUACAGGCUUUGAUCAGGGUUGAGAGUGGUUAUGAAUAUUGUAGUCAUCCUUUGUUUUACUAUUUCUGUAAUAGAAGAGGCUUUUUAUGUAUAUGUAUUUCAAAUUUUGAAAAGAUAAGACAUAUGUUGUUUCUUCAUAAUCAUUUUCAGAUGGACAAACGAAAUAUAAUGAUAUUAAUAUAUUUAUGUACAUUGUUGCCAGAUGAAAUUUCUAAUAAUUGUUUCAAUUUGUCAGGUUUAUGUCAUAUUUUAGGUUUUUUACGCACUUAGAUAUUUGAUCAAGGUAUAGGCUUAGAUUAUGGUAAAUAUGUUUUUUUUUUUCUUGAAAUGACUCAGUGAAUUUUUCGGUUGGUUCCAAUGAUGUUUUGGUGAAAUCAGACAUGGAAUGGACAAAAAACAAUUCAUCUGGAUCUAGACUAUACUUAUUAUUAAGUGGAUUUGGAUUCCAAACUGUAUUAAUAUUGCUAACUUAAAAAGGUACAGAAUUGCAUUAACCGUUUUAAGAGCUUUCUCACACUGCCUUAAUAUUGAAGUACAUUGUAGUUCACAGACCAGAAGCUAUACAGUUAGAUUAAAGAGUGUAUUAACAUAAAUCAAAUGUCAUAUUAAUCAAUAUAUACAAAGGUUAAUAUGAUACCAUGUUAGAUAUUCUCAAUACAUGCUUAUUGCUAUGUAUCUUGUAUUAAAAGUGGUCAAGAAUAA